AUGGCUAUACAUCCCGUUGAUUUUGAUAUCUAUGAGUUUUUAACCCGAAUUCAUGGCAAUAAACCCCCGUACAGGUGCCCAGCUGAUGGAUGUCGCCGAACUUUCAAAUCUUUUAAAGGUUGGUACUGUGUAUCUUUCAUUUUAAGAUCCUGUUACGUGUUUAAACUAUCUCUAUUAAUUGUCUUGCCUUUCGCAGCUAUCCAGCAGCACAUGGAGUGUCAUCGUGCUCCGGAUCCCGUGGAUAUACCAGCGACGUUUAUUAGUGCACCUGAACAUACCUCAUCAGCCCACUCUAGAUCUCUGUACCGCAACAGCAAAUUCCCUUCUAUGCUCUUCCCUGAUUCUCAGAAAUGUGUUGUUUUCAAUUUGACUGGCGUGGGAAUCUCUAGUGUACGCUGCAGCAUCCAUGUGCCGCUGCAUUUUUCCUUUGAUUUUUCCAAUAGCGAUGAUCAACUGCUUAAUAAAUUGGAACCAGUAGCAUUGAGACGGAUGAAAAAUAUCAAGUCGCGAGUUUCUCAGCCAGCCCUCAUGCCUAUUGAUUCAUGCAAUUCGAUUUCCCAGAGCUCAAAUGAAUGCUCCGCUGUUGAAAACCACGAUAGGUCAUCAGCUAAGGUCCCCAUUCCACAGUUCGAGAUUGAUCAAAAUUUUAUCUGCCAACGGAAACCAGCACCGUGGAAGGAUGGAUGCGCCUACAUGCGGUUUAUAGAACGCUCUUUUGAUGAGCUGGACGAAAUUGUCGAAUAUGACCUCGACGAAGAAGAUCUUUUCUGGCUUGAAAAAAUAAAUGCUGACCGGAUGUCUAAAAUGAUGGAGCCUAUUGAGCAGUCAACGCUUGAAUGGGUACUUGAUCGUUUUGAAAAAGAAGCCCGUUUUCGAACCACUACUGAAAAUGGCGCUGGUUUGACCACAUCUGUAAUGAUGGCAGGGAUAGACGAUGACGCAGUGUGCGCCGUAUGCCAGGACGGGACUUGUGAGAAUACUAACGUUAUUCUUUUUUGUGAUGUCUGUAACCUUGCCGUACACCAGGAGUGCUACGGAGUGCCAUACGUACCCGAAGGUCCCUGGUUAUGUCGUAAAUGUCUACAUUCGCCUAGUGAGCCGAUUUCUUGUUGCCUGUGUCCAAAUAUUGGUGGUGCUUUCAAAAAAACCUCGGACGAUCGAUGGGCCCACGUUAUUUGUGGUCUUUGGGUUCCUGAAGUGAUGUUUGCCAACUUGACCUUUCUCGAACCUCUUGAAGAUAUUGACAAGAUCGCGCCUGCAAGGUGGAGACUGCAGUGUUUCAUCUGCAAACAACGGAAUGUGGGUGCUUGUAUCCAGUGCCACAAACCAAGCUGCUAUCGGGCUUUCCAUGUGACCUGUGCUCAGCAGGCUGGUUUGUAUAUGAAGAUUGAACAGAGUGACGACCCGAGUGACUUGGGCAUACGCAAGAACGCGUUCUGCGAUCUGCAUUGUCCUCCCUCCCACUUUAAGGCCAAUGCACAUAAGGGAAUGUACGCUCACUCAGACGAAGAGGGGGCAUCGAAAGAUGCGGACGAGGAAACAGUAAAAAGGACAAAAAUCAGAAACGCCCGCAAAGUCCUCGCUGAAAGGCGCAAUUCCAAGCCCCUCGUUUGUGUCCCCAUGGUGCCAAAAUCGAAAACUGACCUCAUAUUUUCUGAGCUAACAGGAGUGAAGCGUGGCAGUGUCGAGUUCUUUCAAAGGGUUUACGCCUUCUGGAAGUUAAAACGUGAAGUCCGAUGUGGCGUGCCCUUACUCAAGCGACUGCAAGCCAGUUCGGUAAACCGCGGUGUUGCAUCUCUCGCGGCGGCAGCAGCAGCUGGGGACGAGGAAGCCCAAAAGAUGCGCAGCCAAUUAAUUUUCUGGCAGCGUCUCCGUCAGGAUCUCGAGCGGGCUCGCCUACUCUCGGAGCUGACGCGCAAAAGGGAGCGUGUCAAGCGCGAGAUUUUGCGAACUACCCUUGCCCAGUUGGAGUGUAGGCUAAGACCAACUUUUCGAGCGCUCACUGACCUCAUUACCCAAUUACAGGCAUCAAUUUGGACAAGACACGAUGGUUUUUUCCUGAUUUUAAUAAUGUCUAAGGAUGUGCGGAACUUCUUCGCAAAUCCUGUCUCGACGGACGUUGCGCCCGACUACUGCACAGUAAUUAAACAGCCCAUGGACUUCGAAACAAUGAAGCGGAAAUGUGCAGACCAUCAAUACCUCUGCGUAGCAGACGUGUUCAAUGACUUUAGUCUCAUUGUCAACAACUGUUGUACGUAUAACGGAAGCGACACAACUUAUUACAAGGCUGCAGUAUCUUUAUCUGAUCAGUGUGCUUCCAUCUUCAAAGAGGCUUAUGAAAAUGAACACUUUGACUUAUUCGAUGAACUAGAGGAAGACUUGCGGCAGCCUUUAUCAUCAUCCGUCGAGUCCAGUAGACUACCUGCAGACGAGGUUAAACGCGACUCUCCCCUGUCUCCUACCAUACAUGAAGGGGGAAAGCAGGAAUCGGAAACCUCGUCUACCGAGCUACGCAGUAGACUUCGAUCUCGUGGAGCAAAGGCACACUUACCUCCCCUCAUCGCCACAGCCCUCUCAGAACCCACUCCUAAAAAACGGCGCUUAACAGUAGUGUCGAGCUCCUCUCCCUUACAAGUUCAACGUCUUCGUCGACUGUAUGUGCCGCAGCCUUUAACUCUUGCUUCUGAUCCUCCACCAGAUUAUCAGCUUCCUAUUAGAGGAAAUCGCCUGGCAGCUGCCACUUCUCCAACCAACGCCGCUGAGUUGCUUGCUCGUCAGGCUGAAUCAACUGGUACCCUAGGAACUCUCCAAUUACCACAAUCCCCCGAUCGCACGCGUCCUGCUUUUACCAUUUACCGAUCAAAACUAAGUACCAAAGAAGACGAUAAUGAUGAAGAAAGUGAAGAUUCGGAAGAGGAAUCGGAAGAGGGUAGUGAUUCCGAAGAUACACAAGACACUAUCUCUGCCACGGCGGUUGCAAAAAGUGUGUCUGCUGAUGCAGAGGAUGGAAGGAGAACGUCCAGAACCAGAUCAGGCAGUUGUGCCUCGCUGGUCACCUCAGUUUUUGGCACGAGCAAGUCAGCCAUGAAAAAGGUAAGGACACCUUCAGCAAAAGCUUUUCCAAAAUCCUCAACAAAGAAAUCGACGAAAACUCGAAUGACCAGGAGUAAACGGCAUAUCCAUCGACCAGCCUUGACUUUAUCCAAGAUGUCGCUGCUCAAGAAUCCUGGUCGAUCUGUCGUUAAGCAAAAACCAUCCUUACUAAAGAAACAGCAGAAGGAAAUUUCGGAAGAAAGAGGACAGCAGAGACCUAACACUGGGACUGUUGACACCAAUAGACCCUUGGGGAGUACCAAGGAGGGCCCACAAAAGGGGCAGUCGGCCCAAUCGGGAGUCAAACCAGGUCACGGGGAGGGGAAUUUUGAGCCUCUUGACUUAGUUUGGGCAAAGUGUCGUGGAUCUCCCUGGUAUCCUGCCUUAAUUAUCGAUCCAACUGCAUCAACCGAGGACUACAAUCACAAUGGGGUGCCCAUUCCCACGCCACCGGAAUCCGUCCUCAAUGUUGGGUCCGGCGCACCUUCGUCUUUUGUGAAUGCAUUACGCGGACCUGGCUCACUAAGCCCAAGUUCAGUUACAUGUUCUUCCCCAGCACCAGUUGCAGCUCCGAAUUCGCCCCCGGUUAACCAGCAGCCCCCGACCUUCCUCGUGCUGUUCUUUGAUGGCAAGCGCACCUGGCAAUGGCUGCCUCGUGAAAAACUUCUCCCCCUAGCUACCAAUACAGCUAUCGAUGAUGAAAAACUACAUGAAGCUAAGAGGAGCAAACUAAAGCAGUCGGUUGUGAAAGCGUAUGGCCGGGCGAUAGAGCAUUACUGCAAGGUCCAUGGACGACCAUACCCCUUCACGGACUCGUGCUCGGACGAAGUGGCAGCAUUCCGAUCCUAA